CUGUGGCUUGAGUUGCUUGACUGCGUGUCACGUUUGUUCUUUGGCAUAAAUGCGUUUGAUUUUGCUUUGACAAAUUAAUUUGAUGUACGUUAACGCAAUUUAAAAUGUAAUUGAACUCUAAAGUGUAAUUAAUAGUGUUUUGCAUACAACGUACCUAAGUUAAAAUAACAGAAUUUUUUCAUAAUAUGUACUGUGCGACCGUGAAGGUUGAGUAUGUUACGUCAUUUAGUUUUUAAUGUGUGAUAUACAAUCAUUUAUUUUGCUGUUGUAGUGAAAAGUGAUUUUCUUGAGCGAAAUUGUCGCCAAUUGUGGAGUGUGUCUGCAAGUGUAUUAUUGUUAUCGAUGGAUUCGUUCUUUACCGGCUGCGAUGAGAUGCCGCCAUGUUAUUUAGUUUGGCUGUCAACCACUGAUCGUUGUUAGUCUACACUUCGAACAUUUUUUACCAUAGCAUUGAAAACAUUGUUUAAAAAGUGGGGAACAACGUACAGAGCCCAAGCAACGCUACGGAUCACCAAAACUCGGAACGCCCUGGCGCGCAUCUCUUCAAUGAACCAUUUAUGCCAGUUCUGGACUUUGAAGAUGCAAGAGUCGAUUCCUGUGACCUCCAACUGGGAGACACAUGGAGGGGGAUGCAAGGCAAGAUGAGCGUGACAGCGCCGGUUAAGAAGAUAAAGAGAAAGUCAGACAGUAAACCACAGUCGCAAGUAAAUAAGUGUAUCAACGAGAAACGGCGUCGUGAGCUCGAGAACGAGACCAUAAAUCAGUUGGAAGAGCUCCUGGGCACGUGCCUUGCGGAGGUGAAACAGCCAGACAAGAACGGCAUCGUUCGCGAGGCCACUCGCCAGAUCCAGGAGGUGCUGAACCGGCGCCGCGAGUGCCCCGGCGAGUGUCCGCUGCGCGCGCGCCUCGAGCCCGUACAGGCGGGGGAGGUCAGCUCCACGCAGCCGCAGCCGCCGCCUCCAGGACACCACUACUCUGAGACCACUACACUUAUUGAGGCUCUAAAGCACUACACGAGCAGUCUUGGUUGGGUUUUACUGGAAAUUAAUUCAGAAGGCAAAAUCGUUUGUGUAACCGAGAAUAUUAAAGACUUCAUUCUGCAGGACAGAACCGAGCUAUACAAAAAGUCAAUCUUCUCACUGUUGCAUGCUAGGGAUCAUGCAAAAAUAAAGCCCUUGUUGAAAAAUAUACAAAGUUUUGGUUGGUCCGCUGGAGAUAGUGACAAGUUUCAAGCUAUUCAAGCCCGACUCGCCAUCCAGAAUUCGAAUGGGACAGACGACGCUGAGUACGUGGAGGCAGUGAUCCACGCGGCGCCGGUGCGCGGCUCGCCGGCGGAGCAGGCCGGCUCCGUCAUGUGCGUCAUUCGGCGCUGCGAGGACGCGUCGGCCCUGCUCCCCGCGCCCCUGCCCACCGACGGCCCGCCCAGCCGAGCCGACAUACACAACGACCAGAUCGUCUUCAGAUUGGACUCCAAUUUGGUUAUCUUAACUUGUGAUUUAAGUGGUGUGGAGGACUUAGUAGGUACACGUUAUUUGGAACUGGUUGAUCAAAGUGAUCGCGUUCGCGUAGCCGCGCAUCUAAAGGGAGCCCCGGGGCUGUCCGCGCCGCCCUCGAUCAGCGACCCCUUCCGGCUGCGGCUCCACGAGCGCCGGCUGCGGGUCAUCGCGCAGACGCGCAUCUUCCGCGCCGACGCCGCCUCCGACGACCACGACUUCAUCAUGUCGACGCACACCGUGCUCGACGACGACGCGCCGCUCGAGGCCGGCCCCGCGCCCGCCGGCGCCGGCGGCCCGCUGCUGCCCUCCGCGCCCAACGGCGAGCCCUACCGCCCCACCAUGAGCCCCGCCGACUUCAUCGCCAUCAACGACUUCGACCACGACCAGUGGUUCUCGGUGCCCAACUUCCCGAUGGGCGACAUGUCCGAGGAGUCGAAGGAGACGAAGGGCAGCCCCUCUCCCGGGCCGCUGACGCCGCUCACGCCGCGCACGCCCGCCACGCCGGGCGACGCGCCGCCCGCGCCGCCCGGCCCCGCCGGCCCCGCCGACGAGCGCCUGCGCUCGCUGCUCACCAAGCCCGUGUCGGAGGCCUCCUCGGUGGCGUCCGAGAACCGGCUGCUCAAGAACCUGCUCAAGCAGGAGGAGGAGGACGGCACGUCGAGCGAGACGUCGGCGCCGCACACGCCGCUGACGCCGCACACGCCGCACACCCCGCACACGCCGGCCGCGCUGUCGCCGCACCACUCGCACACGGCGGGCGCGCGCGCGUUGCCGCACCACCCGCACGCGCCGCAUGCCCCGCAUGCGCCGCACGCCCCGCACGCGUCGCACAUGCUGCAGUCGCAGAUGUCCAUGUCGAGUGCGGCGCUGCACACUCUUCAGCCGCCUAUUAAUAAUGGUUCAGAAAUUUUAUCACGGAUAUUACACACCAAUUCAGACGAAGACGCUGAAGAAAAUAGGAGAAAUAGUCAAGACGGGAAUCGGCCAUCACAAGUGUCGCAACCUAGUGCGCUGCUAACGCAACUUUUGGCAAACGGGCCGUCGAAUAAUGGCCGCUCGACAGACCCCGAGCGAGAUUACCUCCACGAGAGGCUUCAAGGGGUUAAACGAAAAUUUGAGGAGAAUAAAGGUUGCCCUACGAGUAAUGUUAAAAGGCCGACUUCUGAGGCUCAACAGGUGAGCUCUAGUGCGGCGUCGGCGUCACCCACGUGCUCGUCGUCGGCGACGUCGCCGUCGACGUCGAGCGCCGGCAUGAGCCCGCUGUGCGCCAAGAACCAGAUCCUGGUGUCGCUGCUGGCGCGGCAGCAGACGUCGCCCACCACGCCCAUGCCGCUGCCCAACGCGCUGCGCGGCUUCCCGGCGCAGCGGCCGCGCGCGCCGCCGCCCGCCUUGCCGCGCCACCAGGCCACCAUCACCAACAUGCUCGCCGCUAACAACAACAACCGGGCGAGCAACGUGAACGGCGGCGGCCCGGGGCCGGGAAUGGAGCUGGCGCCCGCGCCGGCGCCGAGCCUGGGGCAGAGCCACCUGCAGCUCGUGCUGCAGGGCGCGCCUCGCGGCUACCCCGCGCCGCAGCCCGCCGCCAACCCGCCGCCCGACCCGCUGCACUACGGCAACACCGCGCCGCUGCAUGUCUACAACAACCAGCCCAUGAGCGGCAGCAGUCGGCAGGGCGAGCGCGGCGACAGCGAGGUCCCGUGCGGCGACAGCAUGCUGUCGGCCAUCCUCGACGAGUUCAUCGAGAACAUGCCCGACGCGGACCGCAACGCGCCCGACGUAAGCGUGCUCUUGGACCUCGAGACCUAUCAGCUCAAACCCGACAGCGCGGGUAUGAAAGAUAGCAAAGCUAUGAUCAACGCAAUAAGACAAAGUCUUAUGCAAUGUGAAACCGUCACCAAGAGCCCAGUGUCGACCAGUCCCGGACCGCCGCCGCCUGUAUACUCCGUACAAAAUUUGGGCGGGGGGAGCAUGAGCGGCAGCAACGCGGCAAUGUACAGCAUGAGCGGCGCCGGCGACCCGGCGCGGCGCGUCGGCGACCAGCAGCAGCAGAAAGCGCGUCUGCUGCAGCAGCAGUUGCAGCAGCAGAUGCUCGUGUCGCGCGAGGCGGCCGAGCAACCGCAGGCGGAUCUCGGCUCGGCGCUCGUGACGGGCGCGCCGCCCAAUGUCACGCUGCAGCGCACCCCCGACUAUCACCGAUUAUAUAUAUCCCCUUCUAAUCAAUUGGGAUCAAAUUAUGGUACAAAUAAAAUAACUUCGACGCAACAAAACCCAAUGUUAUCGCAACAACUGACCGGGUCGCGGUACAGCGCGGCGCUGGCGGCGCACUCGGCGGCCGCGCUGCACACGCCCAUGUCGCAGCAGCCCUACCACCGCGCGCCGCGCCCGCAGCCCGUGGGCGGCUACUACGACGAGGGCGCCGGCUACUGCGGCGAGUACGCGCACGCGCGCCGGCCGCACGCGCCGCACGCGCCGCACGGCCCGCACGGCUCGCACCCCCCGCACGGCCCGCACACGCCCAUGUCGCCGCACACGCCGCACCAGGUGCACCCGCCGCCCCACGACCAGGUCUUGUCAUGCGCGGGCAGCGGCGGGGUGGGGCUGGGCGGCGGCGGGGGGGUGGGGGCGGGCGGCACGUCGGAGUACGUGCGCAACGAGCUGCGCGCCGUGGUGGGCGCGCGCUCGGCGCGGCCCGACCUGCACCCGCACCAGCCGCCCGACCUCGACCCGCUCAUGAGCUUCGACAUGUCCACGUCGAGCGGUGGCGGCAGUGUGGUGGGGGGCCGCGCGGCCUCGGCGGCGGGCCCGCAGAGUGCGUGGGAGUCGCCCCAGAGCACCCCGAAUACUACGGAGGCGGGCUCGGCGGAGGCGGCGGCGGCCCGCGGUGAUGAGGCGCCGGCGACCUCGGGCGGCGGGCGCACGCCGGCGGCGGCCGCGAAGGCCUCCCUGCUGCAGAAGCUGCUCUCGCAGUGACUCUCACUCGCUCCCACACUCGCUAAAGUUGCAUUUAUUACUUUAUCGAUCCUUCGGGUGGACGAUACUCGACGAUACUUAAAUUCCAUCGUAACGAACGUCGUCGUUCCCGGUUACGGUCUACGCGGUACCUCUACGGCUGUAAAUCUCGCGGCGCGAGAAUAAUCAUAGUACACGUAUUUAUAGAAUGUCUUAUAAUUAUGUCGAUAUGUAGUCUAGUAGUGCUAGUUAUAUAUGGAGUUGUAAAAAUCGUUUUGUUGAUGAAAUAUUUUUGUCUUGAGUUCUUUAAGAACGUUGUUUAAGAUUGAUCUUUACAUUUCUAUGAGUAAUUUUUUUUCGAACGAGAUUUUAGUUCGAGACGAAUUAUGAUGGUAGCUUCCUGCGAUGGAAAGAAUAGUUUUACAAUGUACUCGUACGCCUAGUACAUACAUCAUGUACGAUAGAAAUGUACCGUGUGCAAUAUGGUAUAGAUUUAAAAUCAUAUUAGGCGUUGUGAACGUUUAUGUAAUAUAGUAUGAAAGUCAGAUGUUACCUGUUAUGACAAAGUAAUUUGUAUUAUAGUAUACUAGAGACGACAGAGUGAGUUUUAGGAUAUGGAUUUAGGUACACUAAGUUUGUAUAGUGAAAUUUACUAGAAAUGUUACAUAAGAAACCUUCCGUGUGUAAUAGCUAAUUACAGAGACAUGACUCCAAAUGAUAAAAAUAAAAUGUUGUUAGUCCUAAAACUCAUUCUGUAUUCAUAAUGAGACAUCAAGUGAAACAAAGAAUAAUAAUAAUGAUGGCGUGUAAAUACUGUGUUGUUAAAUUAAUUAUAUAAUUAUGUUGCUUUAAUGUAAAUAUUUUUUUAUUUCUUUGUGUUUCAUGUGCCUAUGGUAUAUUUAAUUUUAUGUUAUUCUCGUACAUUGUUUUCUUUAGCAUUGCAUUGCUUUAUUUAUAAUUUGACAAUCAUUCAGAAUUCUAUUCUAAUAAUGUUUUUAUUAUAUUGGUUGGUAGUCUUGUGCAUGUUUCUAAUGUAAGUCUUUCUGGAAAUAUUGUUAGCCCCCUAGUGCAAGAGCGUCUAUAGUUUACAUUUAAAACAUCGCGAGAGUGUUAUUGAAACACAAUAGUCGCGACGCUAGCAAUCCUAGUUAGAUCUAUAGGAGAUUGUUAGGAUGGGAGGACACUGGGCAGUGGGCAGGAUGUAUUAAACAACCGGCGCGCCGCACUGUUAUAGAUAAAAGUGCUGAACGAUGUGUCGAAGCGUGAACAACGUCCAUAUUACUUGUCAACUAUUGUAUGUACAGCUACUGUUAAAUGCACAAAUUUGAUGUGUGGACUAAGGCUACUUUAGAUAAGGAAUUGUCGACCGUGUAGACUAAAGCACAACGUUUUAAUUUCAAUAAUUGGAGAAAGUUAUAACAUCAAUUUAAACUCGGUCUGCCCUUUCAUCGAAAAUGUAUUCAUUAACCAUAAAAAUUACUAUUUCUUCAAUUAUAGUGCACAAUAACAAAAAGGGCACUGACAAAUAUUUAAGUGUUUGUAAAAUAUAACGUAGUGCUCAUAAUAGCGGUCUCAAAUGUACAAAAUAUUAAAUAUACACUUAAUGACAUUUAAGAUAAUUCAAAAUUGUACAGACGUUAUUCACUAACUCGAACACUCGGGACCAUAACAGGCUGGACGAUGCAACCAUAGUUCCGCUCCCCGGUCGUCGCCGUCGGCUUCGACUGCAAGCAAACCGACGACUCUAAUCUUACCAACUAAGUACUUUAGCUCAAGCGGCUCAACUACUAUAGUCUUCGAUGUCUUAUACCCGCGAUACAACAUUGGCGAUUGACAAUAAAUCAAACGAAUAUAAAUAAGGUAUGUACUUAAAUAGACUUGGGGGUACCAACAUUUCAAAUGCAUAAAUCCUACCGUUACUUUGAAUACCUACUCUUACAAAGCGACACGCGAGUAGUCAGUAGCACAUAGAAUCACGACAAAGAGUAUUGUGAUGUUUUAAGAUUUUACCUAACUAAUGAGUAACGUACAAAUAGUCUGUAGAAGAUAUCCGUAAACCAAAACGAGUAAUGUGUAUAGGAUAAGAAUAUUUUUCUACCAAUGAAAAGUACCAUAGUUUGGGAAUGUAGACUACUGACCAAUUUGUUUGUGAAAGUAGUUUUGGGGAAGGGCACACCGGCUCGGUUAGCGUAGCGAUCAUCGCACUAUACCGGCUCACCAUAGAUUACCAUAGCCUAGCUGUAACAAUAUCUACAUCUGGAACUAUCAUUACUGCAAGUGAUUUUUUUUAUUUCCUCAUAAAAUUAUUAGAUAAGAUUUGUUUUAUGUACUAAAGAUAAAAGAAUAUAGCAAUAUUUCUAUUCAUUCCAUUUAUUUUAAGGGGGAAAUGUCAGAUAGAUAAAUAUCAAAUCAAUAAAGUACAAGUGAUGGCCUUUUAAUAUGACAACACUUAACCGUAAUAGAUGAAGAUUAGUCAGUCCACCUACACAUGCAUAUAUUUACAUACGGAAUAUAUGGACUUAUUAUCGGAUCGCUAGAAGGAACUGCAUGAAAUGCCGUCACUUAUUUACGUCAUGAAGCGAAUAAUUGUACACUAAAGUUAUAUUUUUUGCAGAUUUACGCUAACAUAGUGAAUACCUCAUAUUGUCUCAUAAAUAAUCUGAAGACACGUCCAUACACCACAAGCAGUUGAAUAUGUAAAUUGAAAAAAUGUAAAUAAAUAGAUGCAGCAAAUACAUGAGUAACAUAGGUGCCUGGAAUUUAAAAUAAAUAAAAGAUAUUUUUUCUAAGCAUCCAAACAAAACGAUAAAUUUUGAUAUUGAAUAGCUACAUUAAUAAAUUUACGUACUUGUAUGAAAUACGAGUAAAUUUAUGAUAAGCAGCGAUUAGGCAAAAUUAAGAUUUUCAUUCAUAAUGUAUAUCUGUAACUCUAGGUUUAUAAACUCCGAAAAAGUGAGAAUGGGCUUAAUAAUUAUAUACGAUUGUCGGUGAUUUGUAUGAAUAUUGGUAAUAAUAUAAACGUUAGUGCCCAUCACACGUGAACCAGGGGAUCCUGUCUUCCAGUUCUUAGCGAUGGAAAUUAAAUAUAUCACUUGCGUUGAACGGGCUUCAUAUCCAGAGUUACUUCAAAUAGCUUACUUUUCAUUCUUCACGUAAUACUGAAAUAAUUGGCAUCUAACCAAAGGUCAUCGAAAAUAUAUUCCUAACAUAUAAAUAAUGUAUUUUGGUAAAGAAGAUUUUAAUGUUUAAAUGGGCUUUAAGAAUAUAUGAUUAUAACUAUUAAUCGUGUACCUAUAAGCAGUGUUAGAAUGUUAAUUGUCUUGGUGUUUUGGAAUGAAUUCACUGCAUAAAAUAUACAAUUUGACUAAAUAUACAAAUCCUCUCACAGCUGUUUAAAAUACAAAAUUAACUCUGUACUACAAAUGUUAUAGCAAUUGAUCUAGUUUAUGCACUUAAACUUUUGUUUCUUUCGAUCCAUGACCGUUUACAGGAUGAUGGUCCUUAUUGUAAAAAUAUUAUAUGACAUUUUGUAAACUAUUUCACUUAAAAGGUAUGUCAUAUAUGAUGCUUUUGAAUUGGGAUAUAUUAUGUUUUCUCAAUUUAAUCUAGACUAGGCAUCAUCUGUUACCACAGAGUAAAUCUAAUUAGAGAUGCAAUUAAUAGGGUCCAAAUUUCCAUCCAAAAUAUCAGAAAUAUAAAUUCGGAUUGUAAGUUAAUGACGCCAUCGUUAAUAGACACGUUGCUGCAACUAAUUUACUCUGUGGAAAAGACCUCUGUUUAUCACUGAGCAUAUUGCGUCCUGAAACAUUGAUGAGUACGGGAAUCUUUGUUUCAAAGGGAAAACAUAAUUAGUUCUUCAGAUUUUGAUUACUUACAUGUUAUGUCCGUUAUUUAUUUAUUACCUACUUACAAUGUGUUUUUGUAUCACUAUUAUUUAUAAACAAUGAAUAAGGAGUUAACACGCGCGUGAUAAUAUUUAUAAUAUAAAGGAUGACAGUUGCUAACACAAUGAGGUGUAUAUUCCCGUACAAGAAUGAUUUUAUUUUUUGUAUAAAAUCGUACCUCUUGUCUUGGCCUGUCGUCUGCGAACAAAGGACGUUUCCUUCCCUUGUGGAUAUUUCUAAGUUUAAUACGUUAGUGUAAAAAGCUAAUUAUGUUUUUCUAAGAAUACGCAAAGUGGUUUUAGGUGUUGGUCAGUCGCAGAAAGGAUUAUUGCGAACGUGAGCUUUAGAAGCGCACUGCAUGCGGCAGUGGAAAGCAGCGCUCGGGCGCGUCGGAUACGGUCCUGACCGUCCUGUACAGCUCGGCGCGGCAGCACCAAUUUUCUAGUUUGACAUUACCCUCUUACACUAGUCUUGUUCGGGCAAUCAUCGUUUUUGCGAAUGGCCGUUAAGUCUGUGUUAUUUAGUUCUUCAGAUGUUAGAUUAAGGCCUCUUGUGUUGCUGUGCAUUUCUAAGCAUUGUAUGUAUGUAUGUUUAUAAUAUUGUAAAUAGCUAAAAUACAUUAUAUUUUUACGACUAGCAUACGCAACCAAAGUUGUUAUAAAGUGAUGGUUGAUUAAAUAAUAAAUUUAAAUAAACUAGGUCGUUAUGUUUAUUUUAGGAAAAGAUACAAAUAAACUGUACAGUUGUAUAUGGGUACAUCCAAUGUCUCGUUGAAGCCUUUUACACAACCGCCCUGAUAUUAGUAAAAUCGAAUUUAUUAUUUUUUGGUAUAAAAACGGUUAAAUCUAAAAGGAAUAUAAAUUAUAAAUAAAAUUAACAGAAAUAAGUAGUGUAUGAGUGUGGCUUAAGCUCGUUUUGUUCCUAGUGUCUACCUAGCUUGUUCCAGAACAUAUUUCUUCUCGGCAUUUGUCAAUUAAUGAAACUUGACGCAUUUUGCUGUCUCCGAGAUAAAAAAUCAGUGAAAAUAUAAUUUUAUUCCUUGAAAAGAUCAGGCAUUAUGAGUACAUUACAUUAAUUUAAGUUGUAUUUUUUGUACAUUUUAGAUUCGAAAUAUAUUAAUAUCUAAAAGAAAA